GCCAGAGGCAGUGUGGCUGAGCGAGCCCGCCGCAGCUCACUGUCGGCGCUGGGCCCACCUACAUUCCUCCCAUGUGUUAAGCGGGAUGGGACAUAAUGUAAACAUCAUCCUGCCAACAUAUUUAUUCGGGCCGAAAUGGCUCUACAGAUGAGAGGACGACUCUUCUUUCUAUUGUUUUGCGCGUUCGCGGUAAAAGGGAAUGACAAUGUAGAAGUAUUCGAUGUGCUGUCUACGCUUCGCGAAGAGCUGCCAGCAGGGGUGUCCCGGGUACCCGGGCGCUGCCAGGGCGCCGGAGCGACACACUAUUCCGCCUAUCGACUGAACGAGAACGCUACCAUCCUGCAGCAGGCUACUGGCAUGUUCUACAAUACCUUUCCUGAGGACUUCUCUAUAUUAGCCGUGACACGGCUACCAGACCGAGAUCAGAACACCCUCUUCCUGCUAUACUCCGACGCGGGCGACGAGCAACUACAGCUACUAGUCGGGCCUGUGGUGGAGUUGUACUACGAGGACACCAGGGGCGACCCGCCGGACCAUGAGAUGCUCACGUUCCAUGCGGAUGUCGCGGAUGGAAGAUGGCAUCGUCUAGGUAUAAGCGUAAAGGGAAACUCUGUAACGCUGCUCGUGGACUGUGAAGUAAGGGGCACGAUUGCCCUUCAACGUCAGCCUGGCAGCACCUUUAACCUGGCCGGCGUACUAGUGGUUGGAACUCAGUACUCCACAGAUCAAUACUAUGAUGGUGACAUCGAGUUAUUGCAAUUCACCAACAAGCCAGACUCAGCGUACGAUUUGUGCCAAUCCACUGCACCCAAUUGCCAAAGCGAUGCUCCAUACGCGUACGGCUCUGCGCCCGUGAUCAAUAAUGCCAACGCCAAUGAAGUAUAUGAAGUGAAUAACCCAGAGAACACACUGGAUGUCGAUGAGAAUGGGCCUAGAGUGUAUGGGCACUUCGGGAGGGAUAGAGAUGAGAGGAAUGGUUCUGGGGACCCGUGGAGGGGCAGCACAGCGACACCUCAUUGGUCGACUUCUUACGGUUACACUAGGCCGUACCCGACAUCUACGGAUUCAGACGAGAACAGUAUUUUCGGCGCAUUCACAAAGGAGAUAGACGCCGUUAUACGUCCGAACAUUCACAAUCCGGAAAAGACGGGGCAUCUGGAAGUGACAACGCCGAGGUUAAAGCGGGGAGACGAUGACGGAGCGGAUGUGCUGACGACGGACUCGCCAUACUUACCUAUGACGACCACAGAGGACACAGAUUGGCUCACCCACCCCCCCGACGUGCAGGGAAACUCGUCCUACUACCUGCCCGAUUACGACUACACUUACAUGGGCCCGCGGGGCUACCCGGGCCCCCCGGGGCCUCAGGGCCCGAGGGGACCUAAGGGGGAACCGGGCAAACCAGGAGCGGAGGGCCAGCAGGGUUUCCCUGGCGCGCCGGGUCACGUUUUUGUUAUACCGCUUCACCAGCCCGGUAACGAAAAAGGUCCCGAUGCGCAGUCGGAAGCUUUGCGUCAAAUGCUCACGCAACACAUGGCAUCCAUGCGAGGCGCUGAUGGCCCUAUGGGGCUAACCGGGCCCUCGGGGCCUGAAGGAGAGAUCGGCGUUGAGGGCCCUAAAGGAGAACAAGGCGAUCAGGGUGAACCGGGCCCACCCGGACCCAGAGGCCUCCAAGGGCCAUCCGGCAGGCCCGGGCGCCGGGGACACGCGGGGAGAGACGGGGAGCGAGGUUCCACCGGCGCCACAGGCGCUAAGGGCGAGCCCGGGUACCCGGGGCUCAUGGGGAUUCCUGGGGACAAGGGGGAACAUGGCGCCCCGGGACAGCAGGGCGAGCCGGGAGCCCCGGGACAGGAGGGACCGCCUGGGGAUGACGGGCCAGCGGGACCGCCGGGAUUGAGCGGAGAAAUUGGUCCAAGAGGUUUAAUGGGUCUAAGAGGAUUUCCUGGAUUGAUCGGUUAUCCCGGAAUUCCUGGGAUAGAAGGGCCACAAGGCCCAAAAGGGUCUGCUGGCCAACCCGGACCUCCCGGCCAACAAGGCCAGCCUGGCCCUAUGGGAGCUACGGGGUCUCCAGGACCCCAGGGUCCUACUGGAGCGCCGGGGAUUCAGGGUCCGCAAGGAAAACCUGGUAUUUCCGGCCUCCCAGGGCCUGAAGGAUCACCAGGGACGCCCGGUAACCCGGGGCAACAGGGACCUCAGGGAGAGCAAGGACCGCAAGGACCACAGGGAAUGUUAGGAUUUCCGGGAAGUCGAGGCUUAAAAGGAGACGAUGGACCGCGGGGACCACCUGGAGAUAAGGGCGACAAAGGAGUUAGAGGUUUGGAAGGUGAAAAGGGAGAUAUCGGUCCGAAGGGAGAACGAGGGUUCAUCGGAGAACCAGGACCACCCGGCAUUGAAGGCAUUGAGGGCCAAAAGGGGAUGGAAGGCCCGCGAGGAGAAACUGGUUCCAUUGGCCCAACUGGUGAGAAAGGGGCUACCGGUACCCCAGGCGCCAUGGGAUACCCUGGCCCCCAGGGCGAAAAAGGAGAUAAGGGGGCUUCAGGACGUCGAGGCCGUCGUGGAGCCAAAGGUGUCAUGGGAAUGGUUGGAAAUGCUGGCGAUCGUGGCGAGGGCGGUCCAAGAGGAUAUCGCGGUCCAAGAGGUCGUCGCGGCUCCGACGGUCCGCCAGGGUCGAAGGGAGACACUGGCCAGCCAGGUCCCCCGGGCUCCAUAGGCGAGCGGGGCCCUCAGGGGCUGGAUGGCGUCCGCGGUUUCCCUGGUGCGAUUGGCCCUCCUGGCGCGGAUGGCAAGCCUGGGUUACUGGGUCCUCCAGGUGAACGUGGUCCAACGGGUGAUCCCGGUCCAUCGGGACCACCAGGUCCCUUAGGCCCAGUAGGACCCCAAGGAUCCGUUGGUGAGCCAGGCCCCCCUGGGCCUCAAGGAUCUUCAGGCAUACCCGGAACUCCCGGAGAAGUUGGCGCCCCAGGUGAUGUAGGCAAAGAGGGCCCACCAGGCCCGCCCGGUCCUGAAGGAAAGGCGGGGCCCGUUGGCUCUCAGGGGCCUCAAGGUCGUCAAGGGGACAUGGGAUUGCCUGGACCGCCGGGAACUCCAGGCCACAAAGGAGAUAUAGGACCCCCUGGCCUCCCCGGGAUAAGAGGAGAAAAAGGCGAGCAGGGUGAAACCGGGCACGACGGCCCCAUAGGACCGCAGGGACGAGAAGGCCAAAGGGGGUCACCUGGACCUGGGGGCCAAAAGGGAGAGAUCGGCGAACCGGGACCACCAGGUGCAAUCGGCAGAGACGGUCCGCCCGGUCCUCGGGGCUUCGGUGGAUCGCCGGGGCCAGUGGGGACCCCGGGCGAGGACGGUGACAAGGGUGAAGCAGGGCCUCCAGGCGAGAAAGGAUUUAAGGGCGCUGCUGGCGAACCGGGACCCCAAGGUUCCCCAGGCAUUCAAGGAUUACGAGGGGAACCCGGAUCCGUGGGGCUACCCGGUGAAAAGGGGCCUCAGGGUGAACCAGGGCCGCCUGGAGCCUCCGGCGCGGAUGGGGUUAGAGGACCCCCGGGUCCGCCGGGCCCGAUCGGUCUGCAAGGGGAGAAAGGACAGCAAGGAUACAAGGGCGAUAGGGGCGAUGUUGGACCUAAAGGACCUACUGGACCCCCUGGCCCGAUUGGUUUGCAAGGUCAGCGUGGCUCCAAAGGUGUGCCGGGUGAGCCGGGGUCACGGGGUGCUGAGGGACAACGGGGGGAAGUUGGAAACCCAGGCGCCCAGGGACCUCCGGGACCACCAGGACCUGAAGGAAAACUGGGUCCCAGAGGACUCACUGGACCAAAAGGAGACGAUGGUCCGACAGGACUUCAAGGAGAACCAGGACCGAAAGGCCCAAUCGGCCCAGAGGGUCCUAAAGGAGACACGGGCCCAGCAGGCUUCCCUGGUGAAAGAGGCGAGCCGGGCGAGCAGGGUAUCAAAGGCGAAGUGGGGGCCGAUGGCCCUGAAGGCAGCCCCGGGCCCCCAGGAUCCCCUGGACCUAUUGGUCUGGUGGGGAAACCAGGAGAAAUUGGCUUACCAGGCAAACCAGGUGCAGAAGGCAAAGCUGGUGUUCAGGGCAGCCCAGGAGUCCCAGGUGACAAAGGUGAUCGCGGGCUACUGGGACCUCCGGGAGAGACGGGACCGGCCGGACCCGCCGGCCCCCCAGGAGAAGAGGGCCAACGGGGACUACGGGGGUUACCAGGGCCUAACGGUGAAGUAGGAGCACCCGGAGCUAGUGGACCAGAAGGACCAGCAGGGAAGACAGGGCCGCCGGGACCACAAGGGCUGCGAGGAGAGAAGGGUAACACGGGCCCCAAGGGCCACAUGGGCGACACCGGACCGAUGGGCUUGAAGGGCGAUCAGGGUGACGUCGGGAAGAAAGGACCGCCUGGGCCAACUGGACCUUUGGGAUCUAAAGGAGAUAUGGGUCCCGAAGGACCGCAAGGAGCAAAAGGCGAACCAGGACCAGCGGGCCCUGUAGGCCCAGAAGGGCCCCUCGGUCCCAAAGGUUCGCCUGGCCCCGAAGGCAGGCCGGGCCAGCCGGCCCCGGGCACUCCCGGCCCGCCCGGCCCGCCGGCGCCGCCGCCGCAACUACCGGCCGAGUUGUUCGUGUCGGCGCGGCGUAGACGCAGCGUCGAGGAUGACGAGACGACCACUGAUCCUGAUAUUGAAGAUGAAGACAUCGACUGGGCCAAAGAGAUAAUGAACGGUGUACUAGCCGCGCGCACGGAAUUGGACGCGGCGCGACGCCCGCGCGGCUCGCGGGGCAACCCCGCGCUCAGUUGCAGGGACUUACGGGUCACGCACCCUAACUCCACCGACGGAUAUUACUGGAUCGACGCGCGCGGCGGCAGUCAGCCGGUGCGCGUGUUCUGCAGAGGUUUCUACACCUGCCUUUAUCCCGAUGCCAAGGAACCUGGCACGUACAAAGCUUAUGGGUCUGCGCAAAAGUUCUCACAACUCGACCAUGGGUAUCGGAUAACAUACGAGGGAGAGGGUACUGGCUCUAUACAACUGAGAUUCCUGAGACUGCUAUCCAGCGGAGCCAGACAAAACUUUACAUACACGUGCAUCAAUACCAGAGUUGAACAAAGAUCGGACAUUCCCGACGACUUGACACAAAUUAACAAUAUCAAACUGAUUGGUCAAAACUCAUUUGAAUUCAGAGAACCAAUAUUUCUGAAGGACGAUUGUAAGGCUGGCAAGGGCGAGGUAGUAUUAGAAAUCAAGACUUCCCGGAUGGACCGGCUGCCCGUAACGGACUUCCUGCCGCGCACGUUCGCGGACGCCGAGCACGACUUCUCGUUCGUCCCGGGCCCGGUCUGUUUCAAGUGACGAGGACUGUUUACUGUGUACUUAGAACCUUUGUAAAUAUUGUAAAUAAAUUAUUGUGACGACUGA